CGUUCCAGUGGUAUAGUUUACAGCUGGUCUGCGCUUGGUUGUUUGACUGUGGUGGGCCACCUACAUGCCAAAGCUCCCUUUUGAUUUGGCAUGAUGCAUGUUUUUGGAUGUUUUGUGACAUGGAUUUUCCUAGCUGUUGCAGUCUCUGGUCUGUUCCAGAGGCCUAGUUCCAAGCCCAGUUCACAUCCAGAUGGUGGUUUGAGGUCUAAGUGCCUUUGGAAUAUCGUGAGGAUAACAUUGGACGAAGCUCUGGCUGUGGGGAGCCAGCUAGAAAUUGCUGCCAUCAAUGGCACUGACAUUAUACCGUUGUCGCCCACCUUGGCUGCCCAGUGUGGAUACAGCAUGGACUCUGACCCUUGGGGGAACACUAAAGUCUUUGUGUCCUUGUUGGGCUGUUAUGUUGACAACCAGGCGGAUGAGACAUUUAACCUUGGCCUGCGAUUCCAAAUGUAUGGCGAUGGCCUGUCAAAGCCGGUCCAGCAUGACGUGACCGAGACAUGCAGCUACUCCCGCUGGGCGUCCCGGGAAAUUCUCUGUGACAGGAACUACAUGGAGGUGUCAACCCUCAUGGUCACUCCAGAAGUCCCAGUCACCAUGGAUGGCCAGGAAGUUCAAGAGACCUGGCAGGAUUCCAUCCCUGACGCCGUUGCGCCAAACAGCAUCUGGAAGAUGACAUUCCACACCCCUGACUCGAAGGUCAUGGUGCUGAAGGAUGCUCACCGAGCUGGCUACGGUGCAAUGACUACCCCAACAAGACUGGUGUUGCGAAGCCCCUACAACAUGCCGGAGACCUACGCUGAAGAAGUGGCAGGAGUUCCCAUGGAGGUCUUCAGUGUGUCCACYUACUACAAGCAGGUUCGCAGGUUGGCCAUCAUGGUUUCGACUGCUGUCUGUCCUACAGGUGGCUUGAUCUUCACUGAUGAGGUGAUCACCUGGUACGUGCCUCGCCGCAUCCCCACGCUGAGCUCUAGCGCCGUCAAGAUCCUGGAGACUCACAUGGGCAUCGAUGGCCAGAGGUUGGACAAAACCAUGAUGGCCAUCAGACGCUACAAGCUGUCAAUCACAGAGUCUCAUGUUGUCAUUGAGCUUCCUGUGGAGUCACCUGAUGGCUACUACAAGAGUCACGCUCCAGAUUAUUCAUACCACAUAACCUACACUGUUGAACCCAUGCUUGAGUUGCUGUGGAGGGCAGAGGACACACAGGCUGACACGCGAUAUAAGGUCCUCUUUCCCAUCACUACCCCUCUGAUGCCCAGGCCUCCACAUGUUACUGAAAACAUAGUUCCUGAGCAGAAGGUGUUCAAUGUCCUCGUAGGGACCUUCCUCCAUGAUGUGGCGCUGAUUAACAUUACUUUCACUACUGGGGUGCUGACUGUCACGGAGUGCAAUGCCAGAGGCUUUGACUUUCAGGAGCACCGCUUCGCCAACAGCUCAAAGACCUUCUCGCUGCAAGUGCCCUUCUCGGAUGAAGUUGUCCUGAAACAUAACCCUAAUCCCUUGACAACUGUCUACUUCCUCCCUCUGGUCUUCGGUCUGCUCAUCCUGCCUGAACAAAUCCCAUUCCCCCACCAUGUGGAGCUGGAGGCCUCCCUGGAAGAUGUUGUUCCUCCCACCACCACCGGAUUCUGCGACCAGGAAAAUUUCUACAUUUCUGUGAAAUAUGGGAGCCAAGGGGACAACUUCCAAAUCAUGAUGCUUCAUGCUGGUUCAUGGAGGGAGCUAGACAUUGAGCUGUAUAGUCCCACUGACAACAGCACUCACGUCAGUAUCGUAGUGCCGUACACCGCUCCUGAUACAGUUUUUGAGACGGUGCAGUCUGACUCUAUCAGAGCCAGAGUAGACUUGUUGCUCUUGGAGACCCCUAACAUGUGGCAACUCAACGACCUCUCGCUUGCCUGCUACUUCCCCUUGACCAUGACUGAGUGCUACUCCAAUGGCACAGUGACUGCACUGGCAGUGAAGGUGGAAUCUGUUCGCAACCUAAACCCUGAAUACCUGACCUUGAGUGACCAGUCAUGUAAACCUGUCUUCAGCAAUGACCGCUUUGCCUUCUUCUCCUUCAACCUCAACUCCUGUGGCACCACCAGAACAUUCUUUGACGAUGUCAUGGUGUACGAGAAUGAAAUCGCCAUUCACCACAGCAUGGGCAAACAUCAAAGUAGGAAAGGUCUAAUCAAUCCAGACUAUCGGCACACAGUCUCCUGCUACUACCUGCUCAACGACGCUGAGACCAUGGCAUUCCGUACUACGCCAAGGAACAGCGACCCUAAGGCUGAUCCUGGAGUGGGACAGCUAGUGGUCCAAAUGAGACAAGCCCAGGAUGUUUCUUAUGACUUAUUCUACCAAACUGAGGACUACCCAGUGGUGAAGUACUUGAAACAGCCUCUGUAUUUUGAGGUGGAGCUGAUGCGGUCUACUGACCCUCGGCUUGCACUGGUCUUGGAGAACUGCUGGGCAACUCUACAUGAGGACAGGACCACUCUACCUAGCUGGGACCUCAUUGUGGACGGUUGUGAGAAUCUUGAUGACCGCUACAUCCUAGUCUUCCAUCCAGUUGUUGCAGACGCCAGGGUUCAUGUACCCGCUCACAUCAAACGCUUCUCAGUCAAGAUGUUCACCUUCAUCACGGAUGGGACGGUCCUGAAAGAACAGAUCUUUGUUCAUUGUGAUGCAGUCCUCUGCGACACCACCAAACCUGAUGGCAUCUGCUCUGGCCAGUGUGCAAGCCCCCUUAGGAACGCAGAGCCUCUCAAACCAACUGGCUCAAGAAGUCGCAGAGCUGCAGACAUCAGCCAUCUGCAGAUCUCAUCUGGACCUAUUCUUCUGUCUAACUUUGUUUAAAAAAUGUAAUAAAAGUAUUCCUUUUA